GAGCGGCAAUCAGUCUGUUAACGGACGCCAGAGCGCACAGAGCUUGAGCUACAUUGAUGCAAAAAGCUUUCCCACUCAACUGUAAAGAAAAAAAACAAAACCAAAAAUAAGUGCAAAUAAUUAGAAGCAGUUAACUUAAGUGCACAAGCGAUUGACAUGGAGGCGCCCGAGUUCAAAGAUUUUGCCAAAUCCAUGGUUGAUUAUAUAGCCGAGUAUUUGGAGAAUGUGCGCGAUAGACGCGUGCUGCCCGAAGUAAAGCCCGGUUACUUGCAGCCACUUAUACCAGAUGCGGCACCAGAGAAGCCCGAGGACUGGCAGGAUGUCAUGAAGGACAUUGAGCGCGUUAUAAUGCCCGGAAUAACUCAUUGGCAUAGCCCAAAAUUUCACGCAUAUUUUCCCACGGCCAACUCGUAUCCGGCAAUUGUGGCGGAUAUGCUAAGCGGCGCCAUAGCCUGCAUAGGCUUCACCUGGAUUGCCUCACCAGCCUGCACGGAGCUGGAGGUAGUCAUGCUAGACUGGCUGGGCAAGAUGUUGGACUUGCCAGCUGAGUUCCUGGCCUGUUCUGGCGGCAAGGGAGGUGGCGUUAUACAAGGCACAGCCAGUGAGUCCACUCUUGUGGCGCUGCUUGGGGCAAAGGCAAAGAAAGUACAGGAAGUGAAGGCACAGCAUCCGGAGUGGGAUGAGCAUACCAUUAUAGGCAAGUUGGUAGGCUAUGCCUCGGCUCAGGCGCAUUCGUCCGUUGAGCGCGCUGGCCUGCUGGGCGGAGUCAAGUUGCGCUCCGUGCCCGCCGAUGAGCACAAUCGUCUGCGUGGCGAUGCUUUGGAGCAGGCCAUAGAAAAGGAUCUGGCUGAUGGUCUCAUACCAUUCUAUGCGGUGGUCACCUUGGGCACAACCAACUCCUGCGCCUUUGACUCCUUGGAGGAGUGUGGUCCCGUGGCCAACAAGCAUAAUGUUUGGGUGCAUGUGGAUGCCGCCUACGCAGGUUCCGCCUUCAUUUGCCCAGAGUAUCGUUAUCUCAUGAAGGGCAUUGAGACAGCUGACUCUUUCAACUUUAAUCCACACAAGUGGAUGCUGGUUAACUUUGACUGCUCGGCCAUGUGGCUAAAGGAUCCCAGCUGGGUGGUGAAUGCCUUUAAUGUGGAUCCACUCUACCUUAAGCAUGAUAUGCAGGGCUCUGCCCCGGACUAUCGCCACUGGCAGAUACCCUUGGGACGUCGUUUCCGUGCGCUUAAGCUUUGGUUUGUGCUUCGCCUCUACGGCGUUGAGAAUCUCCAAGCACACAUAAGACGCCACUGCAACUUUGCGAAACAAUUCGGUGAGCUAUGCGUGGAGGAUUCUCGGUUUGAGCUGGCGGCAGAGGUGAACAUGGGUCUUGUCUGCUUCCGUCUAAAGGGCGGCAAUGAGCAAAAUGAGGCGCUGCUGAGGCGUAUUAAUGGACGUGGCAAUAUACAUAUGGUACCGGCCAAGAUUAGAGAUGUCUACUUCCUACGCAUGGCGGUUUGUUCGAGAUUCACACGCUCCGAGGACAUGGAGUACAGCUGGCGUGAGGUGGCAGCCGCUGCUGAUGAGCUGGAUGCCGAAUAAGCAGUAAAUGUAUUACAGAAUCGAUUAGCGAAGCUAUGAACCAAAUUAUAUUACUCAACGGUCCAAAGCUUUGCUAAUCCUAAGAACUUAUUCGCUUACACUCCACCUUGGCUACAAGUGACAUGUUUAGGGAAUUUGCACAGAGCUUUCAUCGUCGUUAUUAUUGUUGUUUCUAUAUGCUAAACGUAUUGUAUGUGCUUAAUUAAAUAUAUAUAUUAUAAUAAAUUUAUUAUCUCUACUGAA